CCGGCAGGGCGGGGCUGCGGGCGGAAGGCGCCGCGAGGAGCGGGGCGGGGGCGGUGCCGCGGGCGGGGGCUCGGGAGGUGCUGCCGGCACCGUGCGGGCCCGUCCCGCCUUGCCGUGCGCGAUGGCUCCCCCCAGGAAGGGCGACCUGAGCCCGGAGGAGAAGGAAUUGCUGGCGGUGAUCGCCACAGGAAACACCGAUGAGGCUGGAAGACUACUGGGAAGCAAGAAUGUCCGUGUCAAUUGCUUGGAUGAGCAUGGCAUGACCCCUCUGAUGCACGCAGCCUACAAGGGGAAGGUGGACAUGUGCAGGUUGCUCCUGCGACACGGAGCUGAUGUGAACUGCAAUGAACAUGAGCAUGGAUACACUGCCCUGAUGUUCGCUGGGCUUUCAGGAAAUAAAGAAAUCACCUGGAUGAUGUUAGAGGCUGGAGCGGAAACUGAUGUUGUCAACUCUGUGGGAAGGACAGCAGCUCAGAUGGCUGCUUUUGUGGGUCAACAUGACUGUGUGACCGUCAUCAACAACUUCUUUCCACGUGAAAGGCUGGACUACUAUACUAAACCACAAGGCUUAGAUAAAGAACCAAAACUGCCAGUAAAAUUAGCUGGCCCUCUGCAUAAAAUUAUUACUACUACCAACAUGCAUCCCGUUAAGAUCGUGUUGCUGGUAAAAGAGAACCCUCUGUUGGCCGAAGUAGAAGCACUGCAGAAAUGUUACAGGGUUCUGGAUCUCAUUUGUGAGAAAUGUAUGAAGCAGAAAGAUAUGAAUGAAGUACUUGCUAUGAAAAUGCACUACAUCAGUUGCAUCUUCCAGAAAUGUAUUACAUUUUUAAAAGAGCGAGAGGAUAAACUAGAUGGGCUAAUUAAAAGUCUCUUAAAAGGGAGAGAUAAAGAUGGUUUCCCUGUGUAUCAAGAGAAGCUAAUUCGAGAAAGUAUCCGCAAGUUUCCUUACUGUGAAGCUACAUUGCUCCAGCAGCUUGUGAGAAGUAUUGCUCCUGUUGAAAUAGGCUCUGACCCUACAGCUUUUUCUGUCCUUACACAAGCGAUUACUGGCCAAGUGGGUUUUGUGGAUGCUGAAUUCUGUACAACUUGUGGGGGAAAGGGAGCAGACAAAAGAUGUUCAGUAUGUAAAAUGGUGAUGUACUGUGACCAGAACUGCCAGAAAAUACACUGGUUUACCCACAAAAAAGUCUGCAAGACUCUGAAGGAAAUUCACGAGAAACAGGAACUAGAAGCUGCCAAAGAGAAAAAGAAACAAGAAAAGAAGCAAAAGAAAGAUGAAAUGCAACUAGUAGAGAGUAGUUCUACAAGCGAACAACAGUCAGAUCCUGCUCCAGAUCCUACAAAAGGAGUUGAUCCAAAUAAUCCUACUGACCGAACAGAAGAACCUGAAAUUACCAAAGAGAUGGAGGCACUAGCCCUGCACCCUGAAAGUCCACUGGAAAGUGAGACUGUCUCAGCUGACAUUAAUCUUCAGAACAUUCAAGAGUCUGAGGAGUAAGAAAGGGUAGGAAGGGACUGAGGAUUCUCAAGGGUACUAAACAUUUUUUAUGCUGACCAUGUCUGAGUUCUUAGAUCAUGGCUUAUGCAAGACUUCCUUUGAAAGACAGAAUGUCUCUGUUCAUCAUGAGAUGAAAUAAUGGCUACUUUGUCUAUAAAUACUCCAGAUUCUGUUGUAAAUUAUCAAAAUAGGUAUUUAUUAUCUGCUAAAAGCUAGAGUGGCAUAGAUCCAUCUGUAUGUAUACCAGCAGUAAGCCUAGUGAAAUUCUAUGAGUAUCUCUGGUUAAUGAACCACUUAGAGAAAAAUGAAAAGCUUUUUUUUGGAUUAUUCAUGUUUUCAGAACCUAAAAUUUACUUUCAUUGUAAUUUAAGUAUUUCUUCCUGCAAGUACAUAGAUCUGUAGUUAAAAGCACUGGAAAACCAACUGUUAAAUUGCCUUUUUUCACCACUUUAGCAAGCUUUAUAUGAAGGAAUUCAGUAGCAGUUAAACUUCUGAAGAUACUCAUCUGAACUCUCAACUUUUCAUGGCAUUACUGUAAAUAUUUUUGGCUAGUGAGAGCACAAUAAUAGUGUCUAUUUUGUGGCAAUUUUAGUAAAUGAAACUACUGUUUCAGGUGUCUCAAGCUGAUGGUGAAAUUUGUGUUUCAACAGUAUUAUUUCACUAUUGGUUUGGUCAGAAAUAUUCCAAAGUCUAAUGAAGGGAAGACCAGAAUGACUCAAAGUAUUUUGACUGAUGAGAUUAAUGGUUUCUAAAUCAGUUUUCAGGUAAAAAUAACUUAGAGUACACUCAGAUGUUGCUUAUGAAUUCUUAAUGAAUUAUUUCAUAAAUGUAAAAAAUGCUUAAUAUUUUUCAUGUUGAACCUGGUCACAGAUGGGGAAAUUCAUGUGUGCAUUGAUACAGCUGGGAUUUCACUUUGGCUUUCAGCUAAAUACCAGAUCUAGAAAAUAGCUUCCCUUAAUAACUAUGCUUUUCACUCAGAUUUAUUACUGUGUCUCAUGAAAUCCGUGGGAAUUGCACAACAGAAAAUAUCACUUGCUGCAUAAGGAUGGCAAAAUUGGAGACUGUCUUAUUGUUGGCUGAGUAACUGGUGUCUUGAACAUGGCAAUAUUCUUCUAGCUGGAGGAGUAAGGACCCUCCUCAAAACAGAGGGAAAAAGCUAUUAAUUUUUUUACUACUUAAUAUGUGAAAAGUUUUUGUUUAGUAUUCUGAAAACUGUACAAGUGAGGAUACAUAAAUGCACCUGUGCAGGGAAUGUACCUGUGUUUUAAUUUCAAGGAUUAGCAGAUUGUGAAGAAUAAAGGGAAAUUUUUUAAAAGAA